GGACUGGGAGCCGGGAUCGGCGCAGCAGUUGGUGCCGGAGACGGAUUCCAUGGUGCCGCCGUUGGCAUAGGAAGAGGCCUCAGGGAUGGGAACGUAGUCGGCGCCGGCGCCGGCGACAGCGUCGGUCUUGGCGCGGGAGCGUUGGUUGGGAUCCCGGGUGCCACCACCGGCGACGGUGUCGGCCCAGCAAUGGGGGUAGUCGUCGGAUCUCCGGGCGCGACCACCGGUGACGGUGUCGGCCUCAGCACAGGAGCGGCCGUCGGAUUUCCCGGUGCGACCACCGGCGACGGGGUUGGCCUCAGCACUGGAGCGGCCGUCGGGUUUCCCGGCGCG